GUAGCAUCGGAAUCUUCCCCGCAAUUUCCAGCCUAUCCCACGACACAUCAGCACGGAGGGCUUUCCGACUAUUGGAAUUUAGAAUUUUUGAUGGGGUUGGACAAAGGGUGAGAGAGCAUAAUUUGAAUUUCUUCUGUUCUGUCCAAAUCCCAUAUAAACCCAUCCCCCCUCCUUAAACCCUACCUUUCUCUACGGAUUAUUUUCUUGAGAAAAUGAAUUGCAGGCCAACUGCGUCUCUGUUUCUGUCUCGCGAACCAUCGCCUUUUUUGAGGGUUCGUUCAUUGUCAACCUGUUCAUUGUAUUUCUUGUGGAUCCGAGAAGCUGGGAAUCCGCAAUUUUGACUCAAUCUUCAUUGAGUGAAAAUGGGAAGGACUUGACUGUUACUUCUUUCAAGGUAUUAUUUUAGUGUCUACUAGUCAAAGGAAAUUCUUAUAAGAUUUGAGAAAAUGGUUGGAUGUAAUAAACCACCUAGAAGUGAUCAACCUUCAAUCAAAUACAGGUCUCUCCCAGUUGAGGGGCCGUCCUAUGAGCUUCCUGAUUUUGUUCAUGAAGGAUUUGCCCCUGCCCCCUCUGAUAAGAAAAAUAAUCUGGACAGUCAAGCAUCUGAACCCAAGUCUGUGGUAACUACAACUCAGCUCAUCUCAGCAGUUGGUCAGUUAUGGGACUGCGCAAGUCGUCCUCUUGAUGUUCUUCAAGCUAAGAAAAAUUUUAAUUACAAUGACAAAAACUUUGAGCGAGAGAAAAUAUUGGGUCAUCAGGGUGUGGAAGGAAAUGGAAAGGUACGAACUUCAGCUGAGAGUGAUUGUUUUUGUGUUGAAAUAACAACUGCUGCCAAUAUCUUACCUUUGGUACAGCCAAACCUAGACUGUUUUAAAGCAACUCAGAAGAUGUCAGCAUUCGAAAGUUGUAGCGAAAAUUACACUCAGUCAUUAUGCCGGAGUUUACUACGAGGUCAUAACAACAUGUCUAAUGAAUUUUGGAAGGAAAAGGGGCUUUCAAGUGUAAAGAUCUCAUAUGAGUUGGCAAAUAUAUAUGGAUGGAUGAGUGAAACCAUUCCUGUUGGGCUAAAGUAUCGCAUAAAACCCACUGAAACUGAGAACGAGAAACCUGGUGGGAGCUGCAUUUCAAGAGAUAUGGGUUGUCCUGCAAACUUGGCCAACUGUGAUUCUGACUUAACCAAAUGUAAUGAUUCAUCAUCACCUAAUACUGUAGAUUUGGCAGUAAAUGCCGCAGAAAUGUCCACUCUGUAUGAAGAUUAUUUCCUUCAGUCAAUCCCAGAUAGCCGGGCAGCUAAUUGUGUUUCACGGAGCUCGGGUUCUAGUAUAUAUACAGACUAUCAUAUGUCAGAUAUUGGUGUUUCUGAGAUAAAAACUACCUCUCUAGCUUUGUGUAAUAGUGCAUUUAGAGAAUUCCAACGUCAGACUGAUGAGAAUGGACUGCCUGAGAACAACACAAAACAACCCCAAAAGUCUGUUACUGAGGAUGAAUUCAAAAUGGAAGUUCAAUCUUCAGCACCAGAAAAACAUCAUUAUGCCCGUGCUAAGCAAGAGCAUGCCUUUGCAGGGGCAUUGGCUGGUAUAUUUGUAAGCCUUUGUUUACAUCCUGUUGACACAGUUAAGACAGUUGUUCAGUCAUGCCGUGCAGAGCAGAAGUCUAUCUGUUACAUUGGAAAGUCGAUUGUUUCUGAUAGAGGUUUGACUGGACUUUAUCGUGGAAUUGCUACCAAUAUUGCUUCUUCAGCUCCGAUUUCUGCAGUUUACACUUACACAUAUGAAUCAGUUAAAGGAGCUUUGCUUCCUCUUUUUCCAAAGGAGUAUUACUCUAUUGCCCAUUGUAUGGCUGGUGGUUGUGCAAGCAUUGCUACUUCAUUCAUUUUUACUCCUAGCGAGCGUAUAAAACAGCAGAUGCAAGUUGGUUCACACUAUCAGAACUGCUGGAAUGCAUUGCUUGGAAUUAUUGGAAAGGGUGGUUUACGUUCAUUGUAUGCUGGGUGGGGAGCAGUACUCUGCCGGAAUGUUCCUCACUCAAUAAUCAAGUUCUACACAUAUGAAAGCUUGAAGCAAGUGAUGUUGUCGUCAAUACAAUCUACUGCUCCAGUCAGCACAUUGCAGACGUUAGUUUGUGGAGGACUAGCUGGAUCUACUGCCGCUUUGUUUACAACUCCUUUUGAUGUGGUGAAGACGAGAUUACAGACACAGAUUCCAGGAUCUAUGAACCAAUAUGACAGUGUGUUUCACACCCUCCGAGAAAUAGGCAAGAAUGAAGGUUUGCGAGGCCUCUACAGGGGAUUGACUCCAAGAUUGGUCAUGUAUAUGUCUCAAGGAGCAAUCUUCUUUGGGUCGUACGAAUUCUUCAAGAGAUUAUUUUGUUUAGAGGUGCCACAACGUAAUGCUCAAAGAAUCAAAUACAAACAAAGCACAGAAGACGGUGCAUCGUCGCAAUUACCAAUCCUAUUGCCAUCAUCAUCCGCACCAUCAACAUCCUCAUCACCAUCAAGACUACAGGGUCUUCAUUCAUGAUGAUUCAAGAGCCUGUGCAAUAGAGGUUUUCUUUAUGGAGACAACAUCCACAAAAUUUUGUUCUUAAUUAUAGGUGUAAACGCAAUAAAGGAAAUCCUGAUCUACAUCUUAUUUGAGAAAAUUUCUGGAAGCAUUGGUCGGAAAUUGUUUUUCUUUUUCUAUUGAAAAAUUUAACCAGGGAGUAGGAUGCAGAAAUCUGAUUUUGUCAUUGGUUGUUUAACUUUGUAAUAAAAGAGGAAAUGGGUUGUCUGUCUCGCAGAGUUCCUUAUUGUUUGGUAUAAGUAGUGUAUCAUUCUUGGAAAUGUGAUAUAGCAGAUGUGAGUCCACUUUCUGUACAUCAGAACAUUGUAGAAGAUAUUGUCAAUAAAGUAGCAUGGUUUUGUAGUGCA